UAAAUGUAAAUACGGAAGUUACGUCAAACGAGUUCUAAAACAGGGUUGCUAGAAUUAACUUGAGGUAUUUAUACAUUUUAAGGCUUAUGUUUGGUUCAGACUGUUUAAACUUCUUAAUAGCUUGAAACAGAUCUUUUCUAAAGCGUUGGUACCAUUGUUAGCUUGGUAGCUUUUCGAUUAAUGGAGGGUAAAAAAGAGAAGACGUUUAAGUUCGUCAUUGUCGGAGGUGGCAUUGCGGGUGUAACAUGCGUGGAGCAGCUAUCAUCUCAGUUUCCAUCAGAGGACGUGGCUCUGUUUACAGCAGGUCCUCUCAUAAAGGCAGUAACCAACUAUAAACAGGUGUCCAGAACAAUGGAGGAGUUUGAUGUUGAGGAGAGACCAUCCAGUGUUCUAGAGGAGAAGUUUCCUAACCUGACUGUCAUCCAUUCUGCUGUCAAAUCACUCCACACACAUUCACACUGUGUGGAAACCGCAGAUGGUCGAGUUUUUGGGUACAAGAAGCUCUGUAUUUGCAGCGGUGCCCGUCCAAAGCUUCUGACCCAGGAGAACCCUAAUGUGCUAGGGAUCCGGGACACAGACAGCGCACAGGUGUUUCAAAAACGUUUAUCCAAAGCAAGGAGGAUUGUCAUUGUCGGAAAUGGAGGGAUCGCCCUGGAAUUAGUGUAUGAGGUGAAGGGCUGUGAAGUGAUCUGGGCUGUGAAGGACAAAGCCAUCGGAAACACCUUCUUUGAUGCCGGAGCGGCGCAGUUUCUCAUCACGUCACUUGAGGCCGACAAAGCAGAGGCAGCCGGUCCUUGCAAGCGGCUCCGCUAUACCAUGGAGGAACCAGCGCCUGAUGCUGUACAGACCUUCACAGCAGACGAAUAUUCCCGCGGGCAGAACCCUGGUGCUGUUGAGCCUGGCAGUGCCCUCGGGCCAGACUGGCAUCGAGGAAUCGAGCUGCAGGGAGCAGAGCAGGUGUCCCACAGAGUUUCAGUGGAAUACCAGUGUGAAGUUAAACAGAUCUUCACCUCGGAAGAGUUUCUCCUCUCCUCAAAUCAAACUCUAAAAGCUGACACUGCAGGAUCCUGGCCUGUUUAUGUCCAGCUGACCAAUGGCAACACAUUUGGCUGUGAUUUUGUCGUCAGUGCCACAGGGGUUAUUCCAAACACAGACCCCUUUCUCCACGGCAACAAUUUUUUAUUGGCAGAUGAUGGUGGCCUUCAAGUAGACGAUCACAUGAGGACCUUAGAGCCAGAUGUGUAUGCUGCAGGAGAUGUGUGCACAGCAUGCUGGGAACGCAGCCCACUUUGGCAGCAGAUGCGCCUGUGGACACAGGCUCGUCAGAUGGGCUUGUACGCAGGCCGCUGCAUGGCGGCUGACGUCCUCUCCGAGUCGAUCGAGCUGGACUUUUGCUUCGAACUCUUCUCGCAAGUCACCAAAUUCUUUAACUACAAGGUGGUCCUGCUGGGGAAGUUUAAUGCACAGGGUCUGGGAUCCGAUCAUGAGCUGCUAGUUCGCUGCACCAAAGGCCAGGAGUAUGUCAAGGUGGUUCUCAGCAGGGGCAGGAUGGUGGGGGCUGUGCUGAUUGGAGAAACGGACUUAGAGGAGACUUUUGAAAACCUGAUCCUCAACCAGAUGGACCUGACGGCGUAUGGAGAGGAGCUGCUCAAUCCCAACAUCGAUAUCGAGGACUACUUUGAUUAAUCACCGCCGUCGCCAUGUUUGAGACUUUGGGGCAUCUCCGCGUUCCGAAGAAGCCUGCAGGGCUCCUACGCUGUCUGGAAAUGAAUGGGAUUUGCUUUUACCAUCUUCCAAGUCAGAAUAAGCAGGAGGGCUUUUCAGACUCCAUUCUUAUUUUGUGAUCAAGAAGAUAAAAAUCUAUAUUUCGCAAGAAUUGAGACCUUUUACGGUGAUUAUGUCCUCCAUCUUUCAUUUUUUUCCAACUCAUUGAUCGUUUGGGUUGUUGAGUUCGUGACAUAAUGCACAGAUAAGAAGUUUGAAAAGUACAUGUGUUAUAAGUUGGUUCAGAUCCAAAAAAGCACUGAAAUAGCCCUUAACUUCAAUGUCAAAAUGGAACGUUGUGUUUUUCAUGAUUGGAGGAAUAUGCAGAUAAUAAAACCCAGUUAGAUAAAUGCUGUGUGCUCAAAUGUCUAUGUUCUCAAACCUGUCGGGGAAAAAUAGUCUGGAAAAAAUAUGGAAUUUCAGGCAUGGAACAAUUGUUGGAAAUCAAAGCAUGUGAAUCAUUAUUAUACAAAUAAAUCCUCAUAAUGCCAUAGUGUUGCUUUGGAGGGCUUUGAUGUUAAAAGACAACUUUGUUCAUACGGUUGCAAAUGUAUUUAUGUGCUUUAAUUAUUUAAAAAAUAAACUGUUUUCAGAAA